CAUGCAGCUUGGCCGACGCCGGCGCCGUGGCCUGGCGCUGCUGCUGGGCCUGGCGCUGCUCGCGCUCGGCGCCGGGCCCGGCGCCCGGUCGCAAGGUCCCUUCCUCGUGCAGGCCCCCAUGUCGCUCGGGCCCGACGAGCCGAGCACCUACGAGCUGCUGCUCCCCGACCAGCCCAUGGUCCAGCACUCGCUGGCCGAGGGGCAUGUCCAUCUACAGGGCGCCCGGGUGGACCUCUUCGCGGACGCGCGCCUGGGGGCCCACUUCCUCGAUGCGCCGGCCGGGCAGCUGGCCUACGCCACCCUGCCGACCGGGGCCGAUGUCCAGGUGCUCCGGGUGCCGGUGCCGGGAUCCAACCCGGUGGUGGCCUGGGCCACGGGGCUGGGCCUGGUCGGGGUGUCCACCACCGGCGCCAUGCACGAGUAUGCCCAGCUGGCCGGGGAGCCGGUGCGUCUGUUGGCGGCGCACGCUCACGGCCCCCAUGCCCUGUCCAUGCUCCUGGGCGUGGGCCCGGGCCAGGUGGUGGUCCUUCACCUGCAGGGGACCGGCUGGUCGGAGGCCCGGCACCCGGUGGGCGCCACGGUGGCGGUGUCCGGCCCGGCCGGGCACUUUUUCCUGGCCUCCCACGGCCCGAGCUGGACCUGGCUGCGACAUGGCCACUCCUCGGCCUGGGCGCUGCACUCGUCGGAGGCCAUCCGGGACAUGGCGGCCACGCGGCUGCUUUCCGCCGACCCGGCGGUCGUGGAUCUGGUGGUCAUCGGGACCUCCCGGCUGCGGGUGUACAUCGGGCUCAAUGACGCCGGGGACAUCGCCAUGCAGUGGGACGUGCCGCUGCCCGAGCGCGACGGCCAUGCCCUCUCGGCCGACCUGGUGCCGGGGGUGCUGCACGUCCCCCGGCCCAUGGGGUUCCUGCACCUGGUCAAUUCCAAGCAGGUGCUCUGGCGGCUUGACUUCCACGAGGGGCAGACGGCGACCUGGACCCGGAUCGACACGCCGCCGGGGUUCUUCGCGCGGUCGCCGGCCCCGGGGGCGGUGGCCGUGCCGGCCGGCUGGCCGUCGGCCGGCGUGGCCGAAGGGUGGGCCAUCCAGCAGGCCAACCGGAUCUUCUUCACCGACGAGGUCUUCGCCUGUGGGGCCGAUGCGUCGAUCGUGUGCGACCCGGGGACCGGCUCCUGGUCGUGCGCCGCGGGCCGGCGCUUUGCCCCGCUCCUGCUGGAGGGGGAGCUGUGCGCCGGCUGCGAGGACGGCCACUUCCUCCAAGUCACCGGCCCGCAUACCCGCACCUGCACGAAAUGCCCAUCGCCGGACUGCCGGGCAUGCGACCAGGGCGGACGCUGCGUGGCCUGCAUGGACGGCCGGCUGUUGCUGCGCGACCGGACCGGCGGCCCCGGGACCUGUGUCAGCGCAUGCCCCGCCGGCAGCCACGCCUCGCACGGGGAGUGCGCCCCGGCGGACGCGCCGCAGGCCGCCGGCCACAUCCGGGCCAUCCACCUGCAGGGCGGGCAGGCCAUCAUGGCGGCCUGCCCGACGCGGCUCUACCUGAGGCAGGGCCUGCCGCACCUGUCGGCGGCAUCGCUCGCGGCCGAGGAGCCGCCCUCGGUGCUGGCCGUCCUGGCGGCCGGCUGGCUGGCCAUCCUGGAUGCCGAGCAGCUGCGCACCGCCCCCGACGCGCCGAUCGCGGCGGCCACCCUGCCCGCGGCCUUUCCCCACCUGCCGGACACGCGCCAGCUGUUCGAGGUGGGCCCCUUCUUCGCGGACAACCGCGUGGGCCUGGGGCUGGUGGUCGUCGGGGCCGGGGCCGUCCGGCACCUGCUCCUGCUGUGCACGCUUACCGGGCCCGAGGCCCAGUGGGAGUGCCCCUUGGUCAGCCUCAAGAACUACCCGCUGCCGGCCCUGCCGCAGGAGGCCCCGGCCCGGCAGCUGUCGGCCCAGGUGCUGGCCUUCGGCCAUGUGCUGCUGGUGUUCCAGCCCGAUGGCCAGUAUCAGGUGGUCCGCGACCCGGCGGCCGGGCCGGGCCACCUGCCGGCCCUGGCCACCCAUGCCCAUGGGCUUUCCCGGCAGCCGGUCGAGUGGCUGUACCGGGACCAUGGGGCCGCCGGGCCGACGGCCCAGCCGUGGGCCCUGGCCCGGCAGCUGGACCCCCGGUGCCGGCACCCGGCCAGCGAUCCCCCGCACCCGGGCCAGCCGUGGGUGCCGGUGGCCCUGACCGUGCGGCCCGGCCAGCAGGAGCUCCUCCUGGCCGGGCACGAGCCCGCCGGCAGCCAGUCGGCCUGGCUCAUCCGGCACUAUCCCCUGGGGGUGGGGGCCCACUGGCGGACGCGGGGGCUCCUUGCCACGGAGCGCCGGCUGCCGGGCCCGGCCGCCGGGCCGCCCCUCAUGCACCGGGGCCUGGUGCUCCGGGGCCGGGCCGACUACCCCGGCGCCCUGGUGCUGGUCGGGCCCCGGGAGGUGGCGGUGGUCCUGCUGCACUGCCCCCCGGGGGAGCCCUGCCGCCUGGGCCCGGAUGCCUUGCUGGCGGUGCCGCACGACUGGCCGGCCACCAUCGACCACACCUGCCUGGCCGUGGCCCAGGCCCCGGGGCCGGCCGGCCUGCCCGGCCACGCGUGGCCCGCGCUGGCAUCCUUCCUGGUGGUGGUCCGGCGCCCGGGGUCCGCCGGCACCGACACCCGAAGCUACCUCAUCCAGGUGGCGGCCACGGCCUGCCCCGGCCGGACCUACGGCCCCGAGUGCCGGCCCUGCGCCGAGGCCUGCCAAGCAUGCACCGGGCCCGGCCCCGACCAGUGCACCCUGGCCCGGUGUGACUUCUUCCAGCCGGCCGACCCGGGGCGCUGCCUGGCGGCCUGCCCGCCGGGGCUGCACGCCGACCCGGCCGGCGCCUGCCUGUGCCACGACACGUGCGAGGCCUGCCACCGGCCGCCGGCCGGCGGGGCCUUCCUCUGCACGGUGUGCCGGUCGGGCAUGGCCCGGGACCCGGCGGCCGGCGACCGGUGCCGGCCCUGCCACUGGUCGUGCGGGCAGUGCAGCGCCCCGGACCGGCCGGACGCCUGCACCUGGUGCACCUUCACGGCCGGGCCGCCCGGGCCGGAGGGCACAUGCCUGGCGGCCUGCCCGGCCGGCACGUGGCUCCGGGCGCCGGGGCACCCGUGCGAGCCCUGCCCGGCCGGCUGCGCCUCCUGCACCGGGCCCGAUGCCUGUACCGCAUGCCGGCCGGGCUUCCUGCCGGGCCCGGCCGCCGGCCAGUGUGCCCCCUGCGCGGCCGCCUGCGCCGAGUGCCGGCACGCGGCGGAUGCCUGCCUGGCCUGCGCCCCGGGGAGCGACUGGGUGGACGGCAUGCCGCCGGCCGGGCCGGGCCACACCCGCGGCUGCGUCCCCUGCCGGGGCCCGUGCGCCACGUGCGACGCCCAGGGCCGGUGCCAUUCCUGCCGGCCGGGCUUCCUGCCGGCCGCCGGCCAGCCGGGCGUCUGCACCGAGGCCUGCGCGGCCGGCACGGCCUUCGACCCGGUCCGGGGCCACUGCCGGGCCUGUGCGCCGGGCUGCGCCGAGUGCCUGGUCCCCGGCCAGCCGGGCGCCUGCACCGCCUGCCCGGCCGGCCAGGCGCUCCAUGUGGAUGGUCGGUGCGUGGACGCCUGCCCGGCGGGCUUCCGCCCGGCCGGUGGCGCGUGCGUCCCCUGCGGCCGGGGCUGCCUGGAAUGCGCCGCGGCCGGGGGUGCCUGCUCGCGGUGCGAGCCCCGGCGCUAUGACGCCGGCGAUGGCACCUGCCAGCCGUGCCACGCCUCCUGCGCCACAUGCACCACCGCCGGGGCCUGCGCCUCCUGCCAGCCGGGGCUGGUCUUCCAGUCGCCGGACCCGGGGGUCCGCUCGCCGUGCGUGGCGGCCUGCCCGGCCGGGCAGCACCCGGCCGGCGACCGGUGCGCCUGGUGCCAUGCAUCGUGCGCCCUGUGCGCCACGGCCGCCGACCAGUGCCAGGCGUGUGCGCCGGGGUACCGGUGGCCGGGCCCGGCGCCCGGGCCCCAUGGCACCGGGGCCUGCGUCCCGUGCGGCCCCGGCUGCGCGUCCUGCACGGCCGACGCCUGCCUCGCCUGCCGGGAGCCCCUGCUCCUGACGCCGGCCGGCCAGUGCGUGGCCACCUGCCCGGCCGGCACCCACCCGGCCGGCGAGUCGUGCCAGCCGUGCGCCCCCGAGUGCGCCACCUGCGCCGGGCCCCGGGCCGACCAGUGCACCGGCUGCGCGGCCGGCUUCGAGCACGGGCCCGGGGCGCCGGCCGGCACCCCGGGGCCCUGCCUGGCCACCUGCCCGGAGGGCAAGUACCCGGGCCCGGGCCCGGGCCAGUGCCUCGACUGCCACCCGGCCUGCGCCGCCUGCACCGGGCCCUCGGACGGCCACUGCUGGCGCUGCCAGGCGGCCUACCUGCAGGAGGGCAUGUGCGUGCAGGACUGCGCGCCGGGCUACCUGCCGGUCGAUGGCCGGUGCCUGGCCUGCCACCGGUCGUGCGGCCGGUGCUCCGGCCUCCGGAGCACCGAGUGCACGGCCUGCGCGGCCGGGCUGCUGGCCCUGCCGGCCGGCGCGCCGGCCGGCCAGUGCGUGCCCGCCUGCCCGGCCGGCCACCACCCCGGGCCCGGCGGGUGCGUGCCCUGCGCGGCCGGGUGCGCCCGCUGCCCGGCCGACGCGGCCGCCUGCGCCCAGUGCCAGCGCGGCUCGGCCCUCUGGGGGGCGGCCUGCCUGCCGGCCUGCCCGGCCGGCACCUGGCACGAUGGCCACCGGUGUGUCGACUGCCACGCCUCGUGUGCCACAUGCGCCGGGCCCGGGGCCGCCGACUGCCUGACGUGCGGCCAGCCGGUGGACCUGUGGCUGGAGGGCGCCUGCCUGGGCGCCUGCCCGGCCGGCACCUACCGCCACAUGGGCAUGUGCCUGCCGUGCUGCCUUUCGUGCGCCGAGUGCCACGGGCCCGGCCGGGCCGAGUGCACCGCCUGCCCGGCCGGCCGGCUCCUCGGCCCGGACGGGGCCUGUGUGGCCGGCUGCCCGGCCGGGCACUACGCCGACGACCCGGGCCCCGGCCGGCCGCGCGUCUGCCGGGCCUGCUCGAGCGCCUGCUGGCUGUGCGACGGCCCGGGCCCCGGGGCCUGCACCGCCUGCCCGGGCCCCGGCCAGCUCCUGCACCAUGGGGCCUGCCGGGAUGCCUGCCCGGCCGGGCACCAUCCGUGCCGGGUGACCGGCCGGUGCGAGCCCUGCCCGGCCGGCUGCGCCGAGUGCGUGCACGCGGCCGACCGGCCGGCCGGCUGCGAGGCCCGCUGCACCGCCUGCUCGCCGGGGCUGGUCCUGUCGCCGGCGGCCGGCGGCGCCUGCCAGGCGGCCUGCUCGCCGGGGGAGUUCCUCCCCCACGCCGGGGCCCCGGCCUGCGACCCGUGCGCCGGCGAGUGUGCCACAUGCCAUGCCGGGGCCGGGCGGUGCACGGCGUGCGCCGACCCGGCGGCCUGGCUGCGCCCGGAUACCAACACCUGCGAGGCCGCCUGCCCGGCGCCGGGGUACACCCCGUCGCCGGUCGAGCGGGUGUGCCUCCCCUGCGGCCGGCACUGCGACCGGUGCGCCGCCGGGCCCGACGCCCGGCCAUGCACCCGGGACGCGGCCGGCCGCCUGGACUGCCCGGCCGAGCUGGCCUGCCAGCUGUGCCAGGGCCACCGGCUGCUCCUCCAUGGGACCGACUGUGUGGAGGCCUGCCCGGUGGGGCUCUUCGCCGACUGGCUGGCCGCCCCGCCGGCCUGCGCCGCGUGCCAUGCCGACUGCCCGGGGGCCUGCGUCGGCCCGGGGCCCGCCGACUGCACCGACCCCCGGGCCUCGGCCCCGCGGCAGCGCCUCGCCCUCGGCCUGGGCAUCGGUCUCGGGCUCGGCCUGCUGCUCCUGCUGCUGGCGGCGGCCUUCUUCCUGCUCCUGCGCCGGUGGCGAGCUCGAGCCCCGAAGGGGGCGGUGCGUGCUCCUGCGUCAUAUUUUGUGUCGGCCCGCCGGGCCAUGCUCUAA